AUGGAGGUGAUCUCCUUCUCGUACGCCGUCCCGCUGGUAGUCCUGGCGGCGACCGUCGUCUUCCUGGUCGUUAAGCUCGCUGACCGGCCAUUCAAUGGGCGUCGGCCACCGGGGCCGGCGGCGCUGCCAAUCAUCGGGCACCUACAUCUGCUCGAUCGGAAGGUUCACCAGUCGUUCGACAAGCUCUGUAAGAAGUAUGGGCCGGUCAUCAGUCUCCGCUUCGGCUCCACCCACGCCAUCGUUGUCUCCACUGUGGAGGCGGCGGCGGAGUUCUUCAAGAACCACGACCUGGUCUUCGGGAACCGCCCCCAGUCGCGGGCCUCCCGCCGGUUCGCUUACGACUCCGCCGGCUUUGCGUUCGCGCCCUAUGGUGCCUACUGGCGUUUCGUGAAGAAGCUGGCGAUAACGGAGCUGCUCAGCGCGCGGACGGUGGAGCAGCUCCUGCCGCUGCGGCGCCAGGAGCUGGUGGACCUCCUGGGAAGGCUACUGCAGGCGGCGGAGCGGAAGGUGAAGGUGGACGUGAGUCACGAGCUGAUCAAGAUGACCAACAACACAGUCGCGCGCAUGGCCACGGGGCGGACCUGCGCGCCGGCGGAGGGGGAGAGCGGAGACCCGGAGGAAUCGAUGAAGCUGGUGAAGCAGGUGGCGGAGCUGAUAGGAUCCUUCAACCUUAGCGACCACGUAUGGCUGCCCCGAGGGUGGGAUCUGCAGGGGUGCAACCGCCGCAUCGAGGACGUCCUCCACCGGUACGACACCAUGAUGGAGAGGAUCAUCAAGCAGAAGGAGGCGACGCGGGGGGCGAGGAGGGGCGGCGGCGCCACCCUGGAUCUACUGGACAUCCUUCUCGACUUGUCGGAGAACAAGGGCGCCAACAUCAAGCUCACCAGGGAGAACAUCAAGGGGAUUAUUCUGGUUAGCGGCCCUCGCUAUAUUGCAUAGUAUGUAUAAAGUUUUACUACUACCAUAUAACACUAAAGCUACUCUUCCGUGCAGGACAUCUUAGUGGCGGGAUCAGACUCGUCGGCCGUGACGUUGGAGUGGGCGCUGACGGAGCUCAUCAACCACCCGGAGAUGCUUCAGAAAGCUCGGGAGGAGGUGGACAGGGUGGUCGGCCGGGAGAGACUGGUGGAGGAAGCUGACAUCUCCGGGCUCCCCUACGUGCAGGCGGUGAUCAGGGAGACCCUCCGUCUCCACCCGGCUGCGGCCUUCGUCUCCCGCGAGUCCCGCAAGGACACCACCAUCUAUGGCUACAACAUCCCCGCAGGGACCAGCCUCUUUGUCAACAUCUGGUCCCUGGGGAAGGAUCCAAGCCAGUGGGACGACCCGCUGGAGUUCCGCCCGGAGAGGUUCUUCUCCAGUGCUGACGAUGGCCAGGAGCUGAAGCAGCAGCAGCUCCGCUCCCUGCCGUUCGGCGGCGGGCGGCGGAUCUGCCCCGGGGCUGGGCUGGCACAGCAGGUGGUGCACACGGCUCUGACGGCGCUGUUGCAGUGCUUCGACUGGCAACACGUCGGGAGGCAGGACCUGGAGGAGGGGAUUGGGCUUGUCGUUGCCAGGGCUAAUCCACUGGUCUGCGUCCCCGUGGCCCGGUCCAAUCCAAUGCCGGCCAACCGUAUGGGAUUCUAG